AUGUUAGCGCAGGUAUUAAAGGUACGUAGGUUAUUGAAUUUUGGCUGUCGUUGGAAUUCUAGCUUAUUCGUCCAAGAAUCGUUACUAGAUGCGUUGAAAGAAAGAGGUUUGCUUCAACACAUAUCUGAGCCUAAACAGAUAUUGGAUAGACAAAUAAGAAAUGGAGAUCGAAUUAAGCUUUAUUGUGGUGUAGAUCCAACUGCACAAUCUUUGCAUUUGGGCAAUCUAAUUCCUUUCAUGAUAUUGCUUCAUUUUUAUGUUCGAGGACAUGAUGUUGUUCCUCUGGUUGGUGGUGCAACUGGAAUGGUUGGUGAUCCAAGUGGUAGAAGCACUGAAAGGAAAGAGAUGGCAUUGAGUGCCAGGAGAGAAAAUGUUGCUAAAAUAUCUGGACAAUUGAGUACUUUCUUUGAGAAUGGUUGGAAAUACUACCAAAGCAGAGUUCCGAAAGAGUUGCAGAAUGAAAGAGGGUCAGUAAUUAAUACUGAUAAUUAUGAAUGGUGGAAAGAUGUGAAUAUGUUGGAAUUCUUGUCGAAAUAUGGAAGACAUAUUCGUGUACAGUCUAUGUUGAGUAGGGAUUCAGUAUCAUCAAGAUUAAAAAGCCAAGAUGGUUUAGGUUUUAAUGAAUUCACCUACCAGAUUCUACAAGCCUUUGACUUCUACCAUUUAUAUAAAACGAAAGGUGUAUCUGUUCAGGUGGGAGGUACUGAUCAGUGGGGGAAUAUCACCGCAGGUAUAGAUCUAAUUAAAAGAUUAGAAGGAAACCAGGACAAACAGCCAGCCUUUGGUAUGACUGUUCCUUUGUUAACGACUUCCACAGGCGAGAAGUUCGGUAAGAGCGCUGGUAAUGCACUAUUCAUUGAUUCGAAAAUUAAUUCUUCUUUUCAAAUUUAUCAAUUCUUUGUUAAUACGAAUGAUGAAGAUAUUACUAAAUUUCUUAAGAUGUUUACUAUGUUGUCCAUGCCCUCAAUUGUAAGCAUUAUUAAGGAACAUCAGCUACAACCACAGCUACGUCUAGCACAAAGAAGGCUAGCAACUGAGGUGGUAGACCUUAUCCAUGGCAUUGGAUGCGGUCACGAUGCAGAAAUUGCUUCCGAUAUUCUUUUUGGGAACAUUAAUAGAUCCUUUAGCGCUGCAGAAUUAAUCCGGAUCUUUCAGAACGCACGGAUCCUCCAGCAAUCUUCCCUGGGAAUACCAUUAUCUGAACUGGUAAUGAAGCUGCUUGAUUCUUCAAAAGCAGAAGCUAAAAGGAAAUUGGCCCAAGGUUCCAUUUACCUAGGCAUAUCUAAGACCAAAGUAAUAGAUGAUCUGAUUGACCUGAAUCCUUAUCUAAUUGAUGAGAAAGUGCUAAUUAUCAGGAUUGGAAAACGGAGAUGUCAUAUUGUCGAAUUCAAAUGA